AUGCGCGACGCCCUCGCAGCCGCGGAGCUGGUGUUGCGCGGAGCUGGCGGAACAUCGGCGGAAGGGCAGCGAGGAGAAUGCGCGGGGGCGGGAGAAGCAGGCCGAUUAGACGCGAAGAAUCGUGCAUCUGCGCCGGGUUCGGGUUUGGACCGCUGCUGUUCGUCCACGUGUACGGCUCUAGAUGCUGUCGUGGCAGCCGUUAGAUGUUUAGAGGAUGUUGGCGGGGGAAGGAGCGCUGCUGUGGGCUCAGACUCAUGCGCCAUACGCCGUUGCAAGGCACCCACAGGUGUGUGUGUGGGGAAGAGUGGGGGAGGAGGGCGUGUGUGUGAUCUGGUGACGCCAGCAGCAGAAGGCCAGUGGCGCAAGUACCGGAGAAUCGUGGGGGCUCUGGAGCAGCUUCAGGGGAGAAAGGAGUGCGUGCGUGCGUUCAGGGCAAUAGAGAAAGAAGAGGAUCUGGACGAAGUGCGGACGGAGAAGGGUAGCAUGGGCACGUGGGGGGAAGAUGCCAAGAGGGAGCGCAGAGAUUAUGGGGGAUGGGGGAAAAUCAACGAGGGAGGGCGCCUGGCAGGGUGGGGUGUGCAGCAAUGCACGGGGCAGCCUGCUGGGCUGAUGCCUCCAUCAGCACCGCAUCCAACCUACCCAAGUCAUCAGCAGCAGAUCCAGCAUGCUCAGAGGCUGCUCAAGAGAUCAGCAAAGAUGGCGGAGGCAGCGGCUGCAGCAGUGGUAUCGCGACGACAUCACGACGAGCCAGCAGGCGAUUCCGGCGACGCUGGCGACGACAUCAACGACGCGUUGGGUCGCAGGAGUCCUAGAGGGAGCGUAAACCGCCAUUCCCCAGGGAACUCGCGCUCUUCGCCUAACUCCGGCUCGUUACCCAAGUCCGGUUCGCUUCCAAAGUCACCGUCAGGCGCGCUACUUGAUCCCUCCUCGUCCGCUUACUCCGCCGGUCGCUCGUUUCCGAAGUCAUCCUCGUUAUUAGACGACCCCGCUAAGUUUGAGGCGUAUGAGCAGCUCAACCUACACCAGGCGCGUUCUUCGAGGCAUCCGAGCGUUAAGGCUGGCCGCUCCUCCUCCUCCUCUUCCUCUCGAGGGAAGCUGAGUGUGCGGUGGGCUUUGGAGGAGGGAGAGGAGGGGCAUGAGGGAGUGGGGAGGAGGAAGAGUAGUGUGGCUCGGGUGGAGGAAGGGGAUGGGGAGGAGAUGGGUGAGGGGGAUGGGCUGAUAGGCGGAGAGGGGGGUGAGGGGAGAGAAGAGGAAGGAGGGGUUGAGGGGGACGGAGAGGGAGGGGGAGGGAGGAGGCGGAAUGGGAAGCUUUUUCGGAUGUUGAGUGCAGAUUUUUGCGUUGGAGGGGAGAAUGGGGAAGUAUUGGAGGAAGGGGGGGAUGGGGAGGGUCAAUGGGUUUGGUGGCGGGGUUGGGGGAGAGAUGCAGCAGAGGGAGGGGAUGUGAGUGAUUGGGGGGAAGGAGGGUCAGGAGGAAGCGGAGGACGAGGGGGAGGAGGAGGAGGCGGAGGAGAGGGAGGAGUGGGAAGCAACAUGAAGGGGAUAGUAGGAGAGGGAGUGGCUCUUUUAGAUGAUGAGGAGGUGGAGAGGAUGGAUGACGAGGUGAUUCAAGCCUUGUUCGAGCGAGUGGUGGAGGCACAGACGCAGCUGCACAAUUAUAAGAACCUUGUCGCCUUUUCACUCUUCACCGCGCUCUACCUCCUCAUGCUCUGUCUUCAGGACUACUCAGGGGACUCAAGCUACUCCUUUGCCAGCAGCAGCGACUUCUACACCUGGCUUAACAACAGCAUCAUUCAGGUGGGUCCAUUCCACAGGGUUAUUGCCCCACCGUGGGCCUGA